UGAUGAAGUUUGAACCUCCUCGCUCCCCGUCCGCAGCGGUCUUUAGUAACAUGUCAAACAUGGGGGCACGAGUUGUGCGUAUGUUCAGAAAUUUCAACCUAGAAAACCGAGUUUACCGGGAAAUCUCAAAGGAGAAGCCGCAGGCAGCGCCUCGACACACGGUUACUGUCCCUCCUUCUGCCGGCCCUUCUCCCGGAGCAGCGGAGGCAGAGGAGCUAGUGCACAAGAAGAACGACCCUCUACUGACCCUCCUCAAGUCCGUCUAUGUGGAGUCUACAGACCCCGCAGCAGCACCGACAGAGACACCAAAGGAGGACUCAUCAAGUAAAGAAUCAGAGCGACGGCCUCUUAAAUUCAGUUUACCGGUGGACUCGUACGGCCUGGUGGAUCUCACAGACGUUCCUAAAGGCAAACUGACCAUCGCCGAGGCUCUGAAGGCACUAAGCAGUCACCAGCGGCAGCCUCUGACGAUGACACCGGAGAAGAUCGCUCAGGAUUAUUGCCUGGACCUGAAAGACACAAAAGCUCUUCUGGAGUUCUUUAUUCCCUUCCAGGUUGAGAUUAUACCUCCAAAGACUGAACAAGCCAAGCAGAUAAAGGAUUCAUAGGACCCAAUGGUCGCUCUAGGUAGACUUUAGACAAAAUAAUGUUUGAUUUAUUUAUCUUCAUUUCAAUAAAUUGUUGAGAGAGUGA